AUGGGCAACCUUCAAACAAAAGGUGAUGCAAAAGCCUUGCAGAAAGCAGAGAGUUUUAUUCCAAAUGGCAAACUCCAGGAGGAAGCUGGCUCUGUGAAGAAUGUUGCAGAAAAGUCUGCAGAGACCUCACCUUUGGUGGUGUUUGAAAACAUACAAGCAUGCAGUCUAAAAUGCUUAAGUAUGCUGUUGGAGAGCAUCAGCGGCCUGACAGUAAAUGAUGACUUCACUGUGGAAGUGAUACCUGAAAUAAAUGUUGCUGUAGCUACCUUUAUAAAAAGUAUCGAUACUGAAGAAUUUGUCAAAAAGUGUUCACAAAACAAGAGAGUUAAAGAAUUAAAAAUAACUGCCAGGCUUCUUGAAUUGACCCGGAGUAUCAAGGCUGAAAACAUACCGGCCAGUGUUUCCGCAGACUACAUCUCGGCUUACUUUGAGAGUGUGCAGAAUGGAGGGACGCCUGUGUCAGAUGUCCAGCUCUUCCCUGAGAAGAACUCGGCCAUCAUUACUUUCUGUGAUCACAAAGACCUGAACACUGUCUUGGAAAAGCAGCAUUUACUGGAACAGAAACCGAUUUCUGUGCAUCCAUAUUACCACUCCCUGGGAACAGCUCUCUAUGGAGAAGAAAGACCAACUGUCAAGAUGCCAGACCCCAUUGGGGUGCCACUAGAUCCAUAUGUCUGGCAGUUUUUACAAAAGCAGGCUAAACUGAUCCAAGACAUAAACCAGGAAAUGGCAAUUUGCCAUUGUGAGCUAAAAUGGCCCCAGGUGGUGUGUGCAUACCCAGAAAUUAUGUUGUGCCCAUCAUCGUCUCUCUCCAAACAGAAAAAAACAAUGAUUAAGUUGAUCAAGACAUGGAAGCAAGAUGCUUCAGCUGAGUUCUCGCGUAUCAUGGCACGUUACAUAGCUAUAAAAUGUCAAGUAAAUUCAGUGGAUUGGAAAGAUGUGAAAAACAGACUGGUGGAAGAUGUUGCUUUGAUCAUAACUGAUAUUUCUGAGGAGAUGGUGGUGAUUGCAGGCAACAGAGCAGCAGUGGACAGUGCAGAGAAGGAAGUGAGGAAAUGCAUGGAAAAACCCAUGAAGCAAAGCGAAAGCGAAAAACAAAGCAUAGAAAUUUCUGUGUCAGUGGCCCCAGGGAAGUAUGCUGUCCUGCACAAUGCUGGGCUAGAAAAGAAUAUUCACAAAGAAUAUCCCUGCUUAAAGAUCUUUUAUGAUGACACAAAAAAAACUGUUCAGUUGUGUGGAUUACCUGUGGAAGUAUAUAAAAUCAAAGCUGACUUACUGGAAAAGAUAUUAAAUAUGCCGUGCGCAUCAGUUACUGUUGAUCCCUAUGUUUUCCACUAUCUGCAGCAUGUAGACAAUAAACUAAUGUCAGAGAUAUUAUUCACUAGGAAAAAAAUUAAUGCCUUUUAUAAGCUUGAGGAUGAUACUGUGUUGCUAUUUGGAGAUGCUCACAAAGAUCUUUUAGAAGCAGAAAAGCAAAUAAGGACAGGCUUGCAAUAUAAGUGCAUCAACGUGGAGGACGGUGAGGUCAUUAAAAAGCAUCAGUGGAGCAGUCUACUUGCCUCCUUGCGUAAGAAGUACAGUUCUCCCCAGGAAAAUGUAGUCAUUGAUGAACCUGUUGGAAAAGAAAAUAAAGUGGUUAUUGCUGGCUUUUCUAAGGCUGUCACAGAAGUUUAUCAGAAACUUAAUGAUUUUAUAGAUAGAAACAUACACAUGGAAAAAGUAAUCCUGGCUAAGUCGCUGGUGGCAGUGCAGUUUGUAGAGAAGGAAAAAUCCAGUUUUUGUCUUGAAUUGAAGAAGAAAGGUGUGACAGUAUGUUUUGACAACAAGACACUGUGUAUUUCUCUGAGUGGACCAAGAGCAGAAGUGCCAAAAGCAGCCACCACGUUUGAAAAAAUUCUCUCAUCCCUUUACAUAAAAAGUGUGGCAAUUAAUCAACCAGGUGCGAAAGAGUUCUUCACUGAGAGGAAAGAUUCAUGUGUGUUUGAGGCAAAGCAGAAAUUUAGCUGUUUGAUUAGGCUGGAAGAAGAACAAGAACAACAACAACAGAAGAAUGAAAAAGUUAGCAAUAAAGAGAAAACAAAGCUGUACUACAAGAAAAUGCUGUCAGAUGGAGUUGUAGUAGCAGUGUAUAAAGCUGACUUGUGCACUUAUCCUGUUGAUGUUGUGGUAAAUGCAUCUAAUGAAGAGUUAAAACACAUCGGUGGCCUUGCUGAGGCACUGUUGAAAGCGGCUGGUCCAGAACUGCAACGAGAGUGCGACGAGCUGGUGAGGAAGAACGGGGCUUUGCAGCCUGGGUGCGCAGUUAUCAUGGGCGCUGGGAAACUCCCCUGCAAGAAUGUCAUUCAUGCUGUUGGGCCCAGGUGGAGGAAGGAGGAAGCAGAAAAGUGCGUGUACUUGUUAAGAAAGACAGUGAAGAAAAGUCUACAGCUAGCCGAAACGUACAAUCAUCGUUCCAUAGCUGUGCCUGCUAUAAGUGGAGGGAUUUUUGGCUUUCCACUGGAACUGUGUACGUAUUCGAUUGUAUCCUCCAUCAAGGAGACCUUGGAAGAAUCCAUGGGGGACAGCAGCUUGAAGGAGGUUCAUCUUGUGGAUGAUGCAGAAGAAACAGUUCAGGUUCUGAGUCAGGCGGUAAAAACAGUGUUUACAGCUAAAUCACUCCCCUCAAUACUACUGACGUCACGCUCGAGAAAUGGUAAGCUGAGAGAAAGCCAGGAGAAGAGAAAACAGGAUCUGCAGAUGGUUACGACAAAUGAAGGACUGCGCAUCCGAGUAGAGACGAAAAACAUUCAGGAGGCCACGACGGAUGUUAUUGUCAACAGUGUUGGCGUAGAUCUGAAUUUUGGCACGGGGCCUCUUUGCAAAGCCUUGCUGGCAAAGGCUGGACCAGCGCUCGAAGCAGAGUUUGACAAAGAAAAAGACAGAGAGUUUGCUGAUGAAGGGAGUGUGCUCUGCACCAGUGGAGGUGCUCUGGCCUGCAAGUCUGUGCUUCAUGCCAUAGUUCCCUUGUGGGAUGGAUUAAAAGGACAGACCCUGGAGAUCCUAGAAGAUAUAAUCAAUUCCUGCUUGAAGAAAACUGAAGAACUCGGACUGAAUUCAAUUGCUUUCCCAGCUAUUGGAACUGGAGGCUUUGGAUUUCCUAAAACCCUUGUUUCUGAGUUAAUGUUUGAUGUGGUAUUCAAGUUCAGUAGUAGUCAUGCUCGGAAGACUCUCCAGGAAGUUGUUUUUUUCUUGAGUCCAAAAGAUCUGGAUAAUAUUCAGGCUUUUACCACUGAACUAGAACGUAGGGUAGCUGAAAGUUGCAAUGCUGCAGCACCGUGGUCAAGUUUCAUUAGGCCUGUUUCAACUGAAGCGCUGGGAGUUCAUGAAAUGCAGAUUGGUUCCAUUACACUGCAAGUAAUUAGUGGAGAUAUUACCAAGGAGGAUACAGAGGUUAUUGUAAACUUAACAAACUCGACAUUUGAUGCCACAACAGGGGUCUUCAAAGCAAUUAUGGAUGCUGCUGGUUCCCAGGUAGAAAAAGAAUGUGCUCAGUAUGCUGGGUUGUCUGAAAAUGGCAUGGUUAUUACACAAGGUGGAAAACUGUUGUGCAGGAAAAUCAUGCACUUGAUUAACGGUAACAAUGUGAAGAGUCAGGUCUCCAUUGUGCUUGAAGGGUGUGAGCGAAGGAAGUACAAAUCUGUCGCCUUCCCGGCAAUUGGAACAGGUCAAGCAGGGCAGAGUCCAGCAAAGGUAGCUGAUGACAUGUUGGAUGCUAUAGUGGAAUUUGCAAGCAAAACAUCAGUACAGCAUUUGAAAAAAAUUAAAAUCAUCAUCUUCCAGACAAAUAUACUUAGACACUUUUAUGAAAGCAUGAAGAAAAGAGAAGGUUCAGAUUCAUCCACAACAGCAUUUUUGGGGGGCAGACUCCAAUCCAUUGAGAAGAAAAAGCCUGUGGUUUUGGAGAAGAAAGUUGAUUUAGCCACAUUUCAAAUUUGUGGAGAAAGCAAAAAAAAUGUGGAUGCAACUGAGUCUUGGAUAAAGAGUUUAAUUUUAAAGGAACAGUUUGAAAACAUUAUUUCAGAUGAGCUAAUUGAAAAUUUUGAUGAGAGGCAAAUUGAGACUUUGGCAGAUCUCCAGAGAACGAAGCAUGUUACCAUCCAGCUUGAAAAUAAACAUUCCCCCCAUCACAUUAAAAUUUCUGGUGUUAGCAGGGAUGUCUGUUUUGUUUCUGUGGAAGUUCAAAAAAUGAUCCAAAAAAUUAAGGAUACUGAAGAAGAACGAUCCAAGGCAGAACUUGUUUAUAACCUGGUGGAAUGGAGGUACCAAGGAAGCAAUCAUAGCUUUGUUCCUUUUGAUAAACUGACAAAUAUGCAGCUGGAGGAUGCCAAAAUAGCUAAAAAAACACAUCUCACUGUCAAAAUUAUCAAGAACAACUACAAUGUGGAUCUGAAUACUCUACAGGCUAAUGAUGACCAAGGAAAAACUAUAAAUAUUCAGCGUGUGCCAAAGAAUGAAGAUAAGAAGUCAAUAGAGCUCCCUGCGCAGUGGGAAGACAUGCAAGAGGAACGGGUCAAACUGGUGAAUCUCAAGCCAUCAUGUCGGGAAUAUCAGGAAGUUCAGAACAAAUUUAAGAAAACCUGUCCCAGCUUUGUCAUAGAGAAGAUUGAAAGAAUACAAAAUCCCUUCCUCUGGCAGACAUACCAAAUAAAAAAAAAAUCUCUCUGCACAAAGAACAAAUAUCAAAAUAAUGAGAAGUUGCUAUUUCAUGGGACAGCUGCAUCCUCAUUGAGCACAAUCAACUACAAUGGAUUUAAUCGUGGGUUUGCUGGAAAGAAUGCUGCAGUCAUUGGAAACGGAACAUACUUUGCUGUUGAUGCAAGUUAUUCGGCUCAGAAUACUUAUUCCAGACCGGAUAUGAAUGGCAGGAGAUACAUGUACUUGGCUCGGGUCCUCACCGGCCAGUACUGUGCUGGGAGCAAAGGCCUAAUCACUCCACCACCGAAAGACCCAGCAGAUCCUACUGACCUGUAUGACAGCGUGGUUGAUGAUGUGAAUUCUCCAAAAAUGUUUGUCAUAUUUAAUGAUAUUCAGGCGUAUCCUGAAUACCUUAUUACUUUCAGAAAAUAG